AUGGCGCCCUCGAAAGAAGACCCGGUGUCCGAGGACUCAUAUGCAUCUGAUAGCUCUGAAGAUAAUCAGCACGAUGUCCAAGACCGUGCACCGAAGCGCCGCCGUCUCUCCGAGUCCUCCAACGACUCCUAUGUUGCGCCUGCGCCGCUCCCCACCCUCACCCGUAUCAAGAAGAAGGACGAUACUGUGAAGAAGCCCGAAGCUACAGGCGAGGAGGAACCUGUCACUAUUGCUGAUGCCCUCGAAAUUGGACUUCGCAGCGAGGAGUCUACCUUUGGGGCUUUGAAAGUUUCACCGUGGCUCGUUGGUUCUUUGACGACUAUGGCGAUUCGACGGCCCACGGCUAUUCAAAAGGCGUGUAUCCCUGAGAUCUUGAAGGGUCGGGACUGUAUCGGUGGAAGCCGAACUGGUUCAGGAAAAACAAUGGCUUUUGCGGUUCCUAUCUUGCAGAAGUGGGCGCAAGAUCCGUUUGGAAUCUUUGCUGUGGUAUUGACACCGACGAGAGAGCUUGCACUGCAGAUCUACGAGCAAUUCCAGGCUGUCGGAGCACCGCAGAGCAUGAAGCCCAUUCUCAUUACUGGAGGCACAGAUAUGCGACCCCAGGCGAUCGCUCUGGCACAAAGACCCCACGUCAUCAUUGCAACCCCCGGCCGGCUAGCGGACCACAUCAAGACUUCAGGCGAGGAUACAGUGGCGGGGUUGCGCCGGGUUAAGAUGGUCGUGCUUGAUGAAGCAGACCGACUGCUGGCGAGCGGCCAAGGUAGCAUGCUGCCAGAUGUGGAAACCUGUCUCUCUGCGCUACCUCCCUCAUCAGAGCGCCAAACUCUCCUUUUCACAGCCACUCUGACUGCAGAGGUUCGGGCACUGAAGUCAAUGCCUCGCACUGAGGAUAAGCCCCCCAUCUUCGUGACCGAAGUAUCAACCGAAAACCAAGGAAACAUCCCGCCAACCCUCAAGCAGACCUACUUGAAGGUCCCCAUGACACAUCGUGAAGCCUUCUUGCAUGUGCUUCUAUCCACAGAGGCAAAUGUCUCCAAGCCCGCCAUCAUCUUCUGCAACCACACCAAGACCGCGGAUUUGCUCGAGCGCCUUCUGCGUCGCCUUGGACACCGCGCCACCUCCCUCCACAGUCUCCUUCCUCAGUCGGAGCGUACAUCCAACCUUGCGCGAUUCCGCGCAGCCGCUGCCCGAGUGCUCGUCGCCACAGAUGUCGCAUCGCGUGGUCUGGAUAUCCCAUCCGUUAGCCUAGUCAUCAACUUCGAUGUCCCGCGCAAUCCAGACGACUACGUGCACCGUGUUGGUCGUACUGCUCGUGCCGGUCGAGCCGGUGAGGCCGUCACGCUAGUUGGACAGCGUGAUAUCGAGCUCGUGCUCGCUAUUGAGCAGCGUGUGGGUCGACCUAUGGAAGAGUGGGCCGAGGAAGGCGUCAGCAUCGAGGGCCGUGUUACUCGUACUGGAGUGCUCAAGGAGGUUGGCUCGGCGAAGCGUGAGGCUACGGGUGAGAUUGAAGAGGGUCGUGACGUUCUGGGUCGCAAGCGUAAUAAGUUGAAGAAGGUCCGGUAA